UUGGUCUAGGCUAGCAACCCCGACCUUUAAAUGAUAAAGAUAGACAUGUUAUCACUUAAGCUAAGUGUUCUUCGAACUUAAACAACUUCUUGCCUAAUUGUUUUCAAAUAUAAAAUACUUUGAAAUAUUGUCUUAGUUUGUCCUCAUAAAAAGAGGUGGCCCUAAUCGUGUUUGAUUGCAUUUCCACACACGUCCUUUCUCUCGUUUUCAAGUUAUUUAAUGUAUUUUUAUUUUUAAUUUUCUUGAAUAAGUGCAACACAAACAAAUUCAGCCCUUUCAUUUCUCAUCUCCCAUCCCUUGUGUUUUGUGGCUCAAUUUUUGUUUCAACCAAAUUAUCCUUUCCCAACAUUUUAUUCCUAGCCAUGCGUAAAAAAUAAAAAAAUAACAAAAUUCGAGGAAUUUCAUCUAAAUUUCACCUCUUUCGUAUGAUAAUGGUCCCACCAACAUAGUUUCUCCUCCAACACUGGAGCCCAUUCUCUAUAAAGAAUCUGUCUUUAAGCCUACCGGCUGCCAAACACCCCUCCUUCUACAACCCCAAGGCUUCCAUGGACAACGAACACUCUCCUCAUCACCCACUUCUUCCGGCGCCCGAAGACCAGUUUCCGGCGACCGGAAAUACAUCGGCGAUCGUUUCUUCGACGAAAUGGGUUCUGAAAUUGGCGAUGUGGGUGAUCUUCAGUGUAUGGAUGGUGGUUAUAUUUCUGUAUCCAUCUUCCUUCGCCUCUCACCUGUUUAGCGAAUGGUUUGGAGCCUCCGGACAAACCCUUUUUGGAAUCACAGGCGCCAUCUUCCUGACUUUCAGUGCGCCACUUCUGGCCAUCGCUAUCCUCGCCGCCGUAUAUCUCAUCAUUUCUCGCGACGACCAGCCUUACGAGAGGAGGAAGAAGAAGAAGAAUGGGAAAGAGAAGCCGAGAUGGAGGCUCUGGACUUUGCCGGUGCUGGUGGAAGGGCCGUUGGAGGUAGUUACGGCGGCGGAGUUGGUUGGGAUUUUGGUGGUCUUGGGCUAUGUUUUCUGGGCUUUUUACAGCUACACCUUGCGAAUGCUGGCCACUGAUUUCUCUCGGAAUUUAACUUUCUUACAAAUAAGUUGUGAGGUGCUGGAAGUUAUGGGGUUGAGGCUUGGUUCAAUGGGAUUAUUCUGUUUAGGGUUUCUGUUUCUGCCAAUUUCGAGGGGUUCGGUCCUUCUGCGCCUUAUCGACAUUCCAUUCGAGCACGCCACUAGGUACCAUGUUUGGUUGGGUCAUCUCACUAUGCUCAUUUUUACUCUUCAUGGCUUAGCUUUUCUCAUUCAAUGGUUAAUCCAAGGUCGUUGCAUCGAGCAAUUGUUGGAGUGGAAAGACAUCGGCAUCGCGAAUCUUCCUGGAGUUAUCAGCCUUUUGGCAGGGCUGUUGAUGUGGAUUACCUCUCUUCCCAAACUCAGAACCAUCAACUUCGAAUUGUUCUUCUACACUCAUCAAUUAUACAUCGUGUUCGUCUUGUUCUUGGCCCUGCACGUCGGCGAUUUCGUCUUCAGCAUUGCCGCCGGGGGAAUCUUCAUCUUCAUGCUCGAUCGCUUCCUCAGAUUUAUUCAAUCCAGAAGAACCGUGGAUGUAAUUUCCGCCAAGGCGCUCCCCUGCGGAACGGUGGAAUUGAUCAUCUCGAAACCUAAAAGCCUGCGAUAUAAUGCGCUGAGUUUCAUCUUCCUGCAAGUCAGAGAGCUGUCGCUGCUGCAAUGGCAUCCGUUCAGUGUGUCAUCGAGUCCACUGGAAGGGGAGGAUCGGCUGGCGAUUCUGAUAAAAGUGCUUGGGAAAUGGACAGAGAAGCUGCGGGGAAAGAUCUUGAAUGAUAAAGCCAAAGAGAUUUCUUCUGAUAAGCAUCAAUCUGUAAUGACUGUUUCUGUUGAGGGACCUUAUGGCCAUGAAUCUCCAUAUCACUUGAUGUAUGAAAAUCUAAUAUUAGUAGCAGGGGGAAUUGGAAUUUCGCCGUUUCUAGCCAUCUUGAGUGACAUUCUCCAUCGUAUAAGAGAUGGGAAGCCAUGUUUACCAAAGAAGAUCUUGGUUGUUUGGGCAAUCAAAAACUCAUCUGAGCUUCCUCUUCUCUCAACCCUCAAUGUGGACUCCAUUUGUCCAUUCUUCGCUGAUAAGCUCAACAUUGACAUCUCCAUCUACGUUACCAGACAGUCGCAACCACCACCGGAAGGUGAAAUCCAACCCUCAAAGGUGACUUCAAUAUGUCCACUGUCAAAGGGAUCCAACAUGUCUGUGUUGGUUGGAACCGGUGACAAUGUGUGGUCAGGGCUGUAUGUUAUUUCCUCGACAGUUGGCCUUGUGAUCUUAGUGAGCUUGAUGGACUUCUAUUACAUCAACCCUUUUAACAUCAAGAAGUGGUGGUACAAAGGCCUUCUCUUUUUUCUCUGCAUGGUUGCUAGCGUUGUCCUCUUUGGAGGCCUUGUGGUUGGUUUAUGGAGCCUUUGGGAAGAACACAUUUCAAGUAAAAGAACUACUCACAACAACGUUAAUGACAUUGAAAAAGUAGGUGAAGACAUUCCCAAAGACACUCUUGCACAAAAGGAUUUGAAUCCCAAGGCCUUUGCUAACUCCACCACUAUCGAGUAUGGAACCAGACCAAAUUUCGACGAAAUUGUUGAAUCGGUAGCAGAGAAUUGGGGGAAGGUAGACAUUGGUGUGUUGAUUUGUGGUCCUUCAACACUUCAAUCAAGCGUAGCAAAAGCAAUUAGGUCACACAACAUGGUAAGACGACGCACCCAUCAUCCAAUCUUCCAUUUUCACAGCCAUAGUUUUGAUCUUUGAUGUGAAGUCCAUUUCAUGGCCGCCAUCAUAUCAUAAUAUGAUCAAACUUUCUAUGCUCUUCGUCGUCUUAAAUACGUUAAGAAAA